CAGUUAGAGCCCAGCCCAACCCAACCCAAAUCCUGUUUACGGGUGGCCUCGUACAAGAACCAAUAGCAACAUAUAAAAACCCUCUUCGAAUUCUGGAUGGCGCUAAAUUAAACCCAAAGUCACAACACUCUAUCUGCCAUUAGGGUUCUUCAAAUCUCUGGACGUCCCUCUUCAAUCUCAGAAUCCACAAAUUCUGACAUCACACUCCACACCUGAAUCAGAAAUUAGGGAUUCUCUUCUACGACAUGUCUUCGGGCGGACCCAAAGACGGGGACUUGCAACUGGUGGCGGCGCCUGAAAGGAAAUUAGCGCUACCGCCAAAGCCACCGACAACGCCCAGCUCGACGGCGCUUGUGGAGUAUACGCCGCCGGUGUUCAAGGAGGAGGAAGAGGACCUCGAGAUCAAGCUCCGGAGGAUUCUCGAAAAUGUCCCCGUCCGCGUCAGCAACACCUCAGGUAGCUCCGCCGGGUCGGGCUCCGGCGACUUUCAUCAGUAUCGGCAGAUGAGACGGAAAGAGCAAGACAGGCUUGCUAGGAUGGAGGUGGACUAUCAAAGAAGGAAAGAAGAGGCCGAGUUCAUAAUGAGAAGGGAGGAAAGAUUGAAAUCAGCAGAAGAGCGGACAGCAAAGAAGCGAUUGAAACGUCAAAAGAAAAAGCAAAGGAAGAAGGAGAAGAAGAUUAAAACGAGUUCAGGUGGCGAAGAGAAUCAGAAAGGAGAGUCCACAGAUGAGGAUGAGGGGAACUCUGAUGAUCAAACUGAACAAGCUUUUGAUAAGCUAUAAUUCUUGAUGUAUUGGUUAAAGCUUGGUAUCCACGGGCAGAAGGAACAAAUACGCACCAAGUUCAUCGGGAUUUCGUUUUUCUGAAGUCUAGAAUUUGCCAUGUUUGUGACCUGAAUUCGAUUGUAUGUAUAAUGUAAUCCGAGAUUCCGAGAUGUAACAACCCGAGAGAUCAGAAAAAAAAAAAUUUAGUUUAACUGGUUUUGUAUUU